AUUUUCUCUCUUACAGAAUUAUGAGACUUGGAUGUGAAGUCCUGCUGAAGGCCUGAAGUAUUAUGAGUCUCCUGAUAAAAGUCACAAGACUCAACAAAUAGUGCUGCCAAGCUUUUGGCAGGGAGCAGGUAUCCUGCAGAGAGGGUAUUUCAGCGAGCAGGUUGGAAAUAGGGAAUGUGGCUCCUGAGGUUUGGCCCCAGCAACCACUUACUGUCAUUAACGAGGAGGGAAUGGUGUGUCUGUGCCAGACAGGAGGGCAGGCACCUCUCCCCUGACAGCAGCAGCAAUUAAUCCCAUCUGCAUGGGGCAGACAUUUAAUCACUCAGAGGCCAGCAAGGGCAGCAGUGGGAGAUAAGAGCCACAGGCUUCCUGGGUGUCCCCUGAGCCUCGAUCGAUUUUCCCUGCCUUGGGAACAAGUUUAUAACCUGAAGCUGACUCUCCUGUAUGUCCCAGUGGAUUUCUCCCUUUCCCUCGAGCUCAGCCUGAGUUUUGGGGUGAGUUUUGGGGUGUAAGGUCCCACUGGAACCCAUUUUCUUGUGCUUGGCAGCCAUCAGUCACCAGCUGUGGAGGACAACGGACAUGUGUCUCGGGAAAGUGUCCCGGGGCUCCUGUGAGGUCCUGCCCUGCCAGGCAGGUUGGUUUUGGAGACAUCUUUGCCAUACUCAGCAAGCAGCAGAAUGAAGAGAUAGUGUCUGAUAAAAGCAAGAAGGGUUUUUCAGAAGGUAGAAAACCUGGUCCUGAGCCAAGCAAAGGACUGGCAGAGGGGCACACACAAGAGCUGCCAGGCCAUGGGCAGGGUUGGAUGCCCUCAUCUCCACCCACAGGGCAAGGCACGUUGUCAAAUUCUCUCAUAUUCCCUCAGGAGUCCAUGUAAUUCAGGGCACACUGCAUCCCCUCCCCUGAGGAGCUCCAAUCCCAGGAUAACCAUACCUGCUGGGAAGCAGCUGAGCAGAAUUCCACGGUGCUGACAGACAGACUUGCCCAGGGCCUAAGCACAGCUGUAGGUCUGCAGGAGUAUAAAUAAUCAAAUUAAAACUUAGUUUACUUUCUGGAGAUACGGAGUUAUUUUCUGUUGAACACAUCAGUAAGAAUUUCCUGAUUGGGGAUUUGAGUGCAUCUUCCUUUCCAGCUGUUUCAUGGGCUUAGAAAAAUUAUACUAAAUAACAUUUUCAAACCCCACUGCUGAACUUGAGGGCAGAGGAGAACUUUGGUGUUUGCUUAUCCGGGUGGUGCAUGGCUGUGAGUGUGGUCCAGCCUGGAAAUCCAAGUCCUCCCACAAGCAAGGGAGCAUGCCCCAUUCAGAGAUGCCAAAGCUAAUUAAAACAAAAGUGGGUGCUGAGCAUUUUUGCAAACCAGAUGUCUCAAACAGCCUCUUGGCCAUAGAAGCCUGUGACCUGUAGGCUGUUUGAAAUCUUGAAAUCUUGGUUUUCUCCUCUCAACCUCAUUUUCCCGCCUUUGUAAAACAUUGCUAAUAAUACAUCCUCACCCACGGAGGAGGUCGCUGAGAAUUCAUUAGCUGGUAUUUGUAAAGCACUUUGAAAAUGCAAAGCCAGUGCAUUAUUCCUACUCUUCUGGAUGCUUUCCAUGUUAUUAAAAUCAGGAUUUCAGAAAGGCUUAUCUGGGAUCAAAACAGCAUCCCAAACUUGAAAGGAAGCAAGACUGUUAAACCAUCAACUGUCGCCUCCCCCUCCAGCCAGAUGUUAAGCCCUAAAGAACUGAAGUGGCACAAGGAAUUACUUUCCCAAGUUCCCCCAGCUGGGCUGACAGGCCUUGAUCAAUGGUUUUUUCCACGGUGAGGGCUAUGCAGAUGGUCUGCCCAGAGCAAGGUUUCUGUUGAGUACAAAGGGAAGUCAAACACCAUUUCUAAUUCAGCUUGUAGCAUGGCACACUUCCUUUAUCCUGCGCCUGAAUGCCCUGAAUGGGAGAGCGGUGUGGGAAACUGGAGGGAACUCCACACUCACCACGGCUGCGGGGCUCUGAGACACCCCUGUCCUCACACCACAUCUGCCUGUGACAGGCAGGGGGGAAAGGAGCGACAGAUUGAAAAAUCAGAUUAUAAAACCUGCAUGGAGGGAAAGUAAACCAUGAGGAAAAGGGAAAAAAAGGGAAGGAAGCUGUGCAGGAAGACAGAAAUUGCACCAGGACAAGGAAGGACAGGGAGGAAAUGCAGGGAAGGAUUAGGAGGAAAAACAGGGAAGGGCUGGGAGGAAAUGACAGGGAAGGGAACUGCAGAACAGUAUCUUGCUCUUCCACCAGUCAGGCCAAAGACAAUUAUCCCACUGGAGGUGGCAGAAGCGGGUUAGAUUGCACUGGGACUUCUGAGCCACAUGCCCUGUUUGCCUCUUUAAUUGCCCAGUCUGUUCAAUAUGUCUCAGGAAACAGAGCAAUUCCUGUGGACCAUGAGGGUAUUGUGAGAGUUUCGUACAGCCCAUGUGGAGCUAUGGGAACUGAGCCUGGCUUUUAAGAAAACUCAGUCAGGUUUUAUACCAGCAAUACCAGGGGGAUGGAAGAAAUGGGAAACAACAGACCUGAUUCUCAUUUUGGUAUCUGGAAGGAGAAAAUUCAAUUUUUGAUUAGGUUUUGAUAAAUUCUGCUGUAGGUCUAGAGGUAAUUUGUAUCUACAAGUUAACAGAGAUCAGGAAAUAGUUCCAGAGGUAUGAAAUCUGCAGAGCAAAUAUUGGAGUCCAAAUUGUCUGUUGGCCUCAGUGGGGAUCCCAGUAAGGCCCUUGGGAUUGGACCCAUUUUAUUUUCCACCUCAGGAUGCUCCUCAGGACUCAGCACUAACUAAAUAUCCCACAUUUUGCUGUCUUUCCUGUUCCCAGUUCAUCUCUGCCCCGCUCCCCUUUCUGAAGGACUUACUAACAUACGACUGUGGAAGUUUGCGUACUCCAGAGUUUCCCACAUCAUUCCUUAACUAUAUUCCCUCCUGUCACAAAGGAAGUGUGCCCGACUACAAACCACAUUAGCAACGGUGCUUGGCUCUGCUUUGUGUUCAGUGGGAAACCCUGCUCCCAAAAGGCCAUCUGGGCAGCAUGGACCAGGAGGGAAGCAGUGGGAGCAGGGAGCAUCUCUCCAGACUUGGGAAAGCAGCAGCAUCCUUGAGGCUUUCUAAAGGGCUAACAUCUGGCAGGAAUUCUGGGGCAAGGCUGUUGUUGAUGCCCUGUUUGAAACAUCCAGGUCCAGUAUUUUGGGAUCCUAAUGAGCUUUCUGUCCAGUAGUGUGUAUUUUUGGAGUAGGAGAUGUGUAAUUCCAAAUACAUUCUUCUUAAAGUCCACAGACUCUGCAAAAUUUAUAAUAGGGAGGAAUUUUUGUUAUCACUUUCUUUAGGAUUUCCCGCCCAAGCAGAGCAUCUGUUUUGGGCAACUGAGCAUCUAAUCUGAGUAACUCUUCCAACUCAGUCAGUAACUGGCUAAUUUUUCCCCUCAGAGUUUGUGCAACCAAAGAGAAAAUAAAAAGCUGUUUUAAAAACAUGUUUUUAUUUCAGAUUCUUUAAAAUUUGUCCGUGACACAGAGCGAGGACAUAAGAACCUCAAUGGGUUUCCCACCCCAGGGAGAUUUUGCUACAUUCACCUCCCAGUAAUACAUUGAAUACUGUAAUUCUUACUAUCAUGCCAAAUUUAAAUAUGUAGGGCCUCCAGCCUCUCUAGUGAAAGUGGAAUGCCACAGAAGAUUAUUUUGCAUUCAGCCUCCUCAGGUGCAGGCUCUGGAUCAGUUUGGAUGUCGGUGGAGAGGAAAUUCUGAGCACUGACCCCUCGUCUGUGCCAGUGCACAACCACUCCCAAGAGCAAGGAGGGUGAGGUUGGCAUGGCUGUUCCCAUGGAAUUAAUGUAGUUUUAAUCUGGGUGUUGAGUCGAGAAUAAGAGGAAAGCAGCAAGAGGAAACAGCAAUUGUCUCUAGCAAAACUGCUCUGCCCAUCACAGGACUGGCACUUGUCUUCUUCGUGUGCUCAAUUAACGAGCUGGAGAAAGGAGUCCCAGCUCCAGAGUUUCUGUUUCAGGGAAUCUCCCUGAGAGGGAUGAGCAGAGGGCAAGAUUGGUUUCAGAGGUGGCAUUACAUGGGCUCAGAGAUAAUCCACGGGCUUUGAGGAGAACAUGUGAAACGGUGUCACAAAAGCUUUCCCACAACUUGACAUAAAAGAACAGCUCAACAGCUGCUGCUCUGUGCCGAGAGAAGGGAGCCCAUUCAGGGCAGCACAAUAGGGAUGGAAACGCAGAGCCUGGAAGAGGUCAUUGAAGCCCUACCUGGUGCUCCAAUAAUGAGCUGCAGAGUGAGACAGAAAUGUGUCCCUGUGCUCUGGGUGUGUUCACAUUAAAGGCCCUGUGUGACCACACACACACAUUAAUGUAAAGGUGAACACACCUACACAUAUAUUAAUGGUAUUUAUACAACUGGUAUUUACUCAUUACAGUAAGAGCUCCCCAAACAUAAGCCCUGACAUUACUUGAUGGAUAAAUUGCUGGCAGAUCUGGUUCAAGUUUUCCAGCAGGAAUCCCUGGCUGUAUUUUUAUCAGAGACUGUCAGCUCUCCCAGCUGCAGGCGCCUCCUGAGCACAGGCUGUGCAUCCAACACAGGAACUGGCCAAGGGGAGAAUAACGAGGAAUCAGGAAUUUGAUUUCUAGUAAGUUUAUGAGGAUAGAAAUCUCUUCUGCACCCAGUUUUCCUCUGUGUAUAGACUAAAUGAAAAUAAUUAGAGUAAAAUACAUUUUGGGGAGGAAGUGAGAAGCAGCAUGUGAUACUGAACUGAUCCCAAAACACUCCCAAGACCCUUCUCCACAAGUAUUUGUCUUGCAGGUAUUUGGAAACAUGAAGUGCUUAUGACUUGACUCGAGAGUUUUCGAAAGGGCUGCUGAGGGAAGGGAACAAAGAUCAAAGCAGAAAAUGUUUACAAUAAUUGUGUGUACUUAAAAUUAAACGUUUUUAUUUGCAGUAAGUCAAAGUGGGAAAGCCGUUUUCUGUUUCCCAUGGGCAAAGCUGGUGCCAGAGCCACCUGUGGGAGAACCACAAGUGGCUCACUGGGGAAAGCAGGUGAGUGGAUUUGAGGAAUUUCUGGACGCCAGGAGCUGCUCGCAUGUGCGUGUGCCUUGUGCCUGCUCCAGCGUGUGCCUCGGCGCGCUCCCGGGAGCAGCAUUCCCGCCAUCCGCAGCUGACCUCCUCCUUCCUCCUCCUCCUUCCUCCUCCUCCUUCCUCCCGCAUGUGAACCCCGGGCUGCCCCUGGAAUGCUAUUGAUCCGCGGCAUUAGUCAGCAGCCUUUCCCAUUGAAGGGCAGCUCUUUCCCAGCUCCUGACACGUAACUCUGAUCCCAGCCUUUCACGGAGCACACACUCCCCACCUGCUCAUCUGGGAGAAGGUCAUUAUCCGCGGGCUAUUCACUGGCACUGGAGCAUGCAAGAAUAGCUGCUUCUCCCAUUGUGCUGCCCAUGGCCCGGAUUGGCUGGCGAGUGUGGGAAACGCCACCGAGCCGCAGACCCACACACUCGCCCCGAGCUCGGACAGUAUAAAUAUCGGGCACAGGCAGCUUCCAGCAACACGUUUCUCCUGGAUUCCACUCCAAGACCUCUCUGCUCAGGACAGAUGGCUCCCAGCACCGUUUUCUUGGAGCCUGACAACCUGCUGACACCGAAGGAGAAAAACAAACUGAGGAAGCCGGUGGUGGAGAAAAUGCGCCGGGACCGGAUUAACAGCAGCAUCGAGCAGCUGAAACUGCUCCUGGAGAAGGAGUUUCAGAGGCACCAGCCCAACUCCAAGCUGGAGAAAGCCGACAUCCUGGAGAUGACUGUCAGCUACCUGAAGCAGCAGAGCCAGCUGCAGAUGAAGACUGCAGGAUCCUUCCAUAAAAGCUCCCAGUUUGACUUCAGAGAGGGCUAUUCCAGGUGUCUGCAAGAAGCUUUCCAUUUUCUCUCUCUCCACAAAGUCCGAACUGAAACACAGACCAAACUUUUAAGCCACUUCCAGAAGAGCCAGUCAUCUGCUCCAGAGGUCUCCUUCUCCCCUGGGAACACCGGUGCCCUGAAGCAAGUGUCUCCAAAGGACAGCAGCCCUCUCUGGAGGCCCUGGUAGUUGGGGCAGUCCUCACUGCACGGACCUGUGACAGUCCAGAGGAAGGAUCUGACUGCAUCUGAUAGUCCAGCUCUGAUCCUCUCUCCUGUAGGGGAUUUUAUUUCCCCCUGUGUUUUAUUUAUGUAUGAGAGAAUGCCAUGCUUUUGACUUUUUUGGGAUCCUCUGGCAGAAGUUGAGGUGUUCUCUUUAGUGUUGAAGCUGUGUAGGCACUGCUGCAGUGCUGCCCGGGCAGGGGCGACGUCUUCAGAAUGAAGGAGGGUGUUUGUAAAUGUUACAGUUGUGAUGGACAGGAAUUGCUGUAGGAGAUUUUCUCUAAUAUUCCCAGUAAGAGCCAUCAGCUUUGCUCUGACUUGACUGGCGACUCUGGUUGGCUCAGUCACUCCGGAGGAUAAAUUUAUUCCCUUUGGUUCAUGCACACUUGGUUAAAAUCAAUUUCCCUCUGUUUGCUUAUCAGUUGUUCAGCAUCAAAAAUGGGUUUGGUUUUGGUUUGGAUUUCUCCCUCAUGGCCCUUUCAUAGUCCUGUAUAUACAGUGUGAGGGAUGACCAGGAGUUAGGAAACUAUGUGGAAUAUUUCUACUAUUUGAUGCUUUUUUCGGUUUAGAAAAAGAGUAUGUUAUUGCUUUAUGUUAAAGAAAAGUAGUAGGUAACAGGCUUGAUUUGUCAAUGUCAUACAUUUUGGGUGUAAGCUAUGCUUUUUUAGCAUUUUCAUUAUAAUAAUGAUUUUUAUCUGUAUUGAGUGGUUGAAUUCCUGGUGGAUGAUGUUUCUCCCAGUGCUGGGACUGCCCUAUGGCUCACCUGCAUACUGUGUAUGCGUCUCUGUGUGUGUAGAGAGCAAUAAAAUGCAUUUGUGUGCAA